CUACAAGAAACGUCACAGGUUCUCCUCACUUAAAGUACACGGAGCAACCGCUAACUCGGAUCACCGAUGCCAUCAUGUAUUCCCGCAAGCUCGAGCGUAUGCAUCGGCCACCAUCGGAUAUCACAAAAUAUGACAAUGAGCCGUAUAUGAAGAAUCCAUUGCUUAAAUUCCACAUAUCGGAAGUGCAUGAGCGGCGUCAUUUUCAAUUUCUCAAACAGAAAGCGGCCGAUGUGAAGGUGAGAAUAGCUCGUAAGCAUUGGGCGGCCGAUCCGGAUAUACGACCCCUGCCCCAAUCCCACUAUGUGGAUAAUUUGCGUCGAGAGGUGCGCAAAAUUGUCGUACCGCGAAUGCUACGGAAAACAGAGGCAAAAAUCCUCAGUUUCGCCUCAGAGCGUCUGAAGACUAAGUAUCCGGAAUUGGUGGAAGAGUAUAUGAAAGAUGUGCACGAUGAAUACGAUCGUCUGAUGAAAAUCUAUAGUAUGAAGAAUAUUCUACGGCAUCCGGAAUUCUCCAAUGAAGAUGGCGCACAAUUCGAGCUGCCCCGCACAGAUUUCGAUUUCAAGCGGCCCGGCAAAACGGCCAACUACAAGUCGUAUGUGGAGAAUCGUCGGAAGAUUGCCAAGAAGUUGUUAAUUUUACAGCAACCCAUGAGAAUCGUUCUAAGCAUAUCAGUGACAGAGUUACCCGAAUUGGCGUGCAUUUUCCACUAUGUCAGCAUCAUGAGUAGUCAGCAAACCCAGAUGGGUUUGGGUGGUCGUGAAGUUCUUUCGUAUAAAUUCUAUCGCAAGUACAUACAGAAUCAGCUGGACAAGGUGAACACUUAUCUGAGAUGGACGUGGUAUACCAAGUUGGUGCUGGUGUUGCGCAAAUUAUUGCGAAAGCGAGUGAUGCCCAUGGGUCUGUGGAAACGUGCUUGGGGCGCUCUUGAGGGUCUAAUGAAUCGCGAGCUGAAUAACAUGAAAUUGCGCACGUUUAAGGAAAUGUUUCGGAUUUGCUCCAAUCCACGACUAAUGCCCGUCUUUAGGAUCUCCCUGGAGUGGGUAGAUCUGGCUGGGGACUUGGAUACCAAACCCAAUGUGUAUAACAUAAUGCGAACUUUUGCUGAGAUAGCAACGGAAAUCUCAAUGGUCGGCUAUCGCAUGGAAUCGCUGCAGCCGCAGGUGGAUAAUCUUACCACAUUGGCCAUGUAUUCCCAGACCAAUGAUUAUCUGAAGAUUGAAAUGAAUGAUAAUACCCUGAGGGAUGUGGUCAAUGAGGUGCAGGAUACAAUUGCUCGCUCCUAUACGGAAGUAAUUGAUUAUAUUCAAUCGUAUCGAAAUAAGUACUAUGCCCUCUACUCAUGGGAAGAACGAGAUGAGUUGACCAAAUUUUUGGCUGAACCUCAUAAAUUCGAAGAAUAUUUUGCCCGCAUCGAUGUAUAUUAUGAAUUUAUCAAUAAGUUGCGUAGUGAACCGGAAACGGAAUUCUUCAUAAUGGCUGUCAUUCAUAACGAACCGGCCAUUACAGCUCUGCGAACUCUGGCCGAGAAUUUAAUAGCCGAGAUCACAUCGAUUAUCAUACAGGAGCACAUCAAGGCCGAGGAGGAGAUUUGUGCCGAGUUUGAGAAGAUUAAAUAUAAUGCCCUCGAGAUACCAAAGUCCACAGAAGAGUUGCUGGAAAGCGCCGAUUACAUGAUCUAUGUGAAGAAGGAGAAGCUGGCGGAGCUUACAGAUCGCAUACAAUAUUGCCUUCAAGUGGGCACGAAUAUUGUUGAGUUGACUGAAAUGUCAAAAUAUCACUUUGAUCUUACCAUACGAACGAUUAACUGGAUCAAGGAUAUUAACGAGAUAUGCGAUUACAAUGCCUCACAGCAGGAGCAAUAUAAAUUUCUCUUCGAAGAGCAUCUGCAGGAGGUGGUCAAAAAGCUCAAUAUGGACAUUGAGGAACUGCUACCCAAGCUGGCUGUAAUUGAUGAUAUGAGCAGGCCGGAAAAGUUUCGUGAUUCGUAUAUAAUACUACAGAAUUUCAUUGAUCAAUUGAAGACUUUCGAUGACUAUGUGGCCUGGAUAAACAAGGAGGAGAAGUUGUUUAAAAUCGCUCAAACCGAAUAUCCCACAUUGGAGGUAAUCAAGAGUUUUGUUUAUCCCUUCGCUGAGCUAAUGAAAUGCUGCAUAGAUUGGCAGCGCUAUUUGAAUGUCUGGCAGGAUGGACCCUUUGAGUAUUUGGAGCCUAAAUUUGUAGAAACCACAACGGAUAAUUAUCUCAAGGAGUUUCAGAAGAAUCAAAAAUAUUAUCGCGUUAAAAUCAAACAGGAUCUUAUUGAGAAUCCUGUAUGCAAAUUUAAGGGACAAACAGAAGAUCCCGAUCCGGAAAAACAUCCAGUGCCACUGCGCCUUUGCUCCUCGAUGAUUCAAUCGAUUAAGGACUUCACCACUGGCGUCUUCAUUGUUAAUACCAUGUGUAAUCCAGCGCUACGUAAACGUCAUUGGAAGGAAAUGUCGGAUAUAGCUGGAUUCGAUAUAACCCCAGAUGCCGGAACUACACUGCGCAAAAUUCUCAAUGCUGGACUCGAUGAUAUACUGGAUCAGUUUGAGAUAAUCAGUAUUAGUGCCAAUAAGGAAUUGCAAUUGUGGAACAAUCUACAGGCCAUGAUCAAGGAAUGGGAGAAUAAGAUCUUUCCCACAGGUCCAUACAAGGAGACAGGAGUGACAAUACUGUCCAGUUUGGACGACAUACAGGCCCUUCUCGAUGAUCAUAUACUGAAGACAUUGGCCAUGCGCGGAUCGGCUUUUAUGAAGCCCUGCGAGGAGGAGGUUCGGGCCUGGUAUGAAAAGAUAAUGCGUGUGAAUGAAACCCUAGAUCAGUGGGGUAAAGUGCAAGCGAAUUUCCUUUAUUUGCUGCCCAUUUUCUCAUCCAAGGAUAUUGUGGCCCAGAUGCCAGAGGAGGGGCGUUUGUUUACCAUUGUCGAGCAGACUUAUACACGGAACAUGGGCCUAGUUUUGAGGCAACCCCUUGUAAUGGAAACUGCUCCUGCUGUUGGUCUCCUCGAGUCAUUGCAAAAGGCAAAUGAGCUGCUGGAGGAUAUAUCAACGGGUGUCAGUAACUAUUUGGAGAAGAAACGUUUGUUCUUUCCGCGUUUCUUUUUUCUGGCUAAUGACGAGAUGCUCGAGAUUCUAUCGGAGACGAAAGACCCGUUGCGUGUCCUUCCACAUUUGGGCAAAUGUUUCGAAGGUAUCAAUAGUCUCGACUUCGAUGAGGGCAAAAAUGUGCUGGCCAUGAUAAGCAGCGAUAAGGAACGUAUUGAGUUCAUUGAACAAGUGUCGACAGCGGCAGCUGGAGGCAGUGUAGAGAAAUGGUUGAUUGGAGUCGAGGAUGAGAUGCUGAAGGCAGUGCGAAAUCAAAAUGAACUCUCCUUCAAUCACUAUCCGACGGUGAAGCGACACGAAUGGGUUCUGGAGUGGCCGCAAAUGGUAGUGCUUGCCAUUUCGCAGGUCUUCUGGGCAUCCCGAGUGCACACCUGUUUGCGUCGCUCAGUUGGCGGCAAUCAGACAAUUAUGAUGAAUUUCUUUCAGGAAUUGGCCAAGGAACUAAAUGAUAUUGUCACGCUGGUGCGUUCCCCACGCAUAAGUAAUCUCAAUCGCAUUACCAUCAAGUCAUUGAUUGUGAUAGAUGUCCAUGCCAAAGAUGUAACCGAAGAAUUGAUACGGAUGAAGAUCAACAGUGAAUACGACUUCCAAUGGUUGGCCCAGAUGCGCUACUAUUGGGAAGAGGAUAAGACUUUGGUUAGGAUUAUCAAUGCCACUGUUCCAUUUGCCAAUGAGUAUUUAGGUAAUUCGGAUAGAUUGGUCAUCACGCCGCUUACAGAUCGUUGCUAUCGCACUUUGGUGGGAGCCUAUCAAUUGCAUUUGAAUGGAGCUCCCGAGGGUCCGGCUGGAACUGGUAAGACGGAGACCACUAAGGAUCUGGCAAAGGCAUUGGCUGUCCAAUGCAAAGUGUUCAAUUGCUCAGAUGGCCUUGACUACAAGGCCAUGGGUAAAUUCUUCAAGGGACUUGCCUCGUGCGGUGCUUGGGCCUGUUUCGAUGAGUUUAAUCGCAUUGAAUUGGAAGUACUUUCGGUGGUUGCUCAACAGAUUUUGCUCAUCAUUCAAGCGGUGCGAGCGAAUGUGUCCAAGUUUAUGUUCGAGGGAACCGAAUUGCUAUUGAAUCCCGCCUGCUAUGUCUGCAUCACCAUGAAUCCCGGCUAUGCGGGUCGUUCGGAAUUGCCAGAUAAUCUGAAGGUGUUGUUCCGUUCGGUGGCCAUGAUGGUGCCAGAUUAUGCCAUGAUUGGCGAAAUCUCUCUCUAUUCCUAUGGUUUUGUCGAUGCCCGCAAAUUGGCAGUGAAGAUAGUAACUACCUAUAGGCUCUGUUCCGAGCAGCUAUCCAGCCAGAACCACUACGAUUAUGGCAUGCGUGCGGUGAAGACUGUUCUGUCUGCCUGUGGCAAUAUUAAGAAGCAGUAUCCAGAUGAACUGGAGGAUAUUCUACUCCUGCGAAGUUUAAUUGAUGUUAAUCUACCAAAAUUUCUAUCGUUCGAUGUGCCCCUCUUUGAGGGCAUUAUCUCGGAUAUAUUCCCAGGCAUUCAAUUACCCCAUAUUGAUUACAGUCUUAUUGAAACGGAAUUCAAUCGCGUCUGCGAGGAGGAGGUACUGGAACCAGCUCCAUCAUUUCUCACCAAAGUCAUUCAGACCUACGAGAUGAUCAUUGUGAGGCAUGGCUUUAUGCUGGUAGGCGAACCACUGGCUGGCAAAUCGAAGACUCUGCAGGUUUUGGCCAAGGUUUUAUCGGCUCUCAAGAUCAAAGAGCCGAGCAAGAGUAACUAUUUCCAGCACGUUUUGAUGGGCAUCAUGAAUCCCAAAUCUAUUACCAUGAAUCAAUUAUAUGGCUCUUUUGAUCCCAUAUCAUACGAAUGGACAGAUGGUCUGGUGGCCAAGAUAUUUCGUGAUUUUGCCAUGACACCGACUCCAGAUAGAAAAUGGGUAAUCUUUGAUGGUCCCGUUGAUGCAGUUUGGAUUGAGAACAUGAACACUGUGCUAGAUGAUAAUAAGAAACUGUGUCUAACCAGUGGCGAAGUCAUAACCAUGACCAACGAAAUGUCUAUGGUGUUUGAGGUAAUGGAUUUGGCUCAAGCUUCCCCUGCCACUGUCUCACGAUGUGGCAUGAUCUACAUGGAGCCGUCUACAUUGGGUUGGCAUUCUUUUGCCAAUACUUGGUUAAAGCAAGCCGAUCCCCGUUGGGCCGAUGAGGAGAACAUUGAGUAUGUGAUGUCUUUAUUCAAAUGGCUCUUAGUUCCGUGUCAGACAUUUGUUCGACGCCACUGCAGCCAGUUUAUAAAACCGGGGGAAUUCAAUUGCCUGAGGACUACAUUUGAUCUUUUCGACAUGUUGAUGGAUGAAGCAAUCGAGGAGAAUCCCGAGGACUACCAAAAAUAUUUGACGUUCUAUUUUCAGGCAGCAAUACUUUUCGCCUUGGUUUGGGGAGUUGGCGGUGUCCUGGAUACCCUUUCUCGGGAAAAGUUUGAUGUUUUUCUAAGAAAGAUAUAUGAUAGUGACGAAUCGAGUCCACCGGCCGCGUUGGGUAAAAUGGAAGUGACACCACCAGCUGAGGGUCUUAUUGUUGAUUAUGUCUACGUAUUUAAGCAACGUGGCACUUGGCGCUACUGGCCGGAACUGGCAAAACGCAUGGAUGUCGAGGAGACAAAGACUGGAGUGAUUGUACCCACUGUGGAUACCGCACGAUAUGUGCAUCUUCUAAAGAUGCAUGUGGAGCACAAGAAACGCAUGCUUCUUGUGGGACCAACGGGUACAGGGAAAAGUGUUUAUAUACAAAACUAUUUGAUGAACAAACUGGAUGUAGAAGCAUAUGAAUCGGGAUUCAUAACGUUUACCGUAAUGAUAACGGCCAAUCAGACACAGGACUUGCUCAUAUCGAAACUUCAGAAAUGGAAACGUGGCAUCUAUGGCCCACCUAAGGGUAUGCAGAGUGUCCUGUUUGUCGACGAUAUGAAUAUGCCGGUGAAGGAGGUCUAUGGCGCUCAGCCUCCGUUGGAGCUGUUGCGUCAGUAUUUCGAUUACGGUCAUGUCUACGAUCUAAGGGAUAGUUCCAAAAUUUGGAUUAACGAUGUACUGAUAAUAACUGCCUGCGGUCUACCCGGCGGCAGUCGACAGGAUGUGUAUGCCCGGUUCCUCAACCAUUUCAAUGUCUUUUCGAUUAACACCUUCAGUGACGACACUAUGUUUCGCAUUUUCCUUAAUGUGGCACUCAAUGGCUUUCGACGUGCUGGCCAUGCACAGGAUGUGUUUCUGGUAACGAAUCAGAUAGUGAGUGCCACACAGAGCAUCUACAAGAGUGUCCAAUCGGAGGUGCGAGCAACACCGGCAAAGUCGCAUUACAUUUUCAAUUUGCGUGACAUUUCCCGCGUCGUAACCGGCUGUACCUUGGUACGCAAAGAGUCCGUCAAUGAUAAGAAGAUGCUGGUGCGUGUCUGGUAUCACGAGGCAAUGCGAGUUUUCUACGAUCGCCUUGUCGAUGACAUCGAUCGCAAGUGGAUGUUCGACAAGUUAAAUGAAUGCCUCAAGGCGAACUUCAAGGACAAGGUGGAGAACAUCUUUGACAAGUACUGCAGUCAGGUGCAGGGCGAAGAGCAGGUCUUCACCAUUGAGGCCGCCAAUAGUAUCUUCUUUGGGGUCUAUUUCGAUGAGGAUAGUGUGCCGGAUGAACGACGUUAUGAGGAAGUGCCCAGUAUGGAGAUUUUCUAUAAGCUAGCGACGACUAGUCUAGAAGAUUACAAUUCGACCCGUCGCUCCAAAAUGGACAUCACCCUGUUCACAUUCGCCCUGCAGCAUUUGAAUCGGAUUUGUCGCAUUAUCUCAAUUCAGGGAGCCAGUGCUUUGCUCAUUGGUUUGGGCGGUUCAGGACGUCAGUCGCUGACAAAGUUGGCCACCAAUAUGGUGCAGACUUCGUUCUUCCAGCCGGAGAUAACGAAAAACUAUGGAGCCAAUGACUGGCAUGAGGAUAUCAAGGCCAUUCUCAAAGAAGCCGGUGGCAUGAAUAAGCAUACGACAUUCCUGAUAACAGAGAAUCAAAUUAAAAUGGAACUCUUUCUCCAGGACAUUGAUUGCCUGUUGAAUCAGGGCGAAGUGCCGAACAUCUUUCCCAUCGAUGAGAAACAGGAAGUCUUGGAAAUGGUCCGUCUAGCUGCCCAGGGUGGAAAUCGUAAUAUCGAUGUCUCGCCGCUGCAGGUCUUCUCGUUCUUUGUGAAUCGUUGCAAACAGAAGCUUCAUGUGGUUCUGAGUUUCUCGCCCAUUGGUGAUGCUUUGCGGACGCGCGUCCGUCUCUAUCCCUCGCUGGUAAAUUGCUGCACCAUCGAUUGGUAUGACAGUUGGCCCGAGGAGGCCCUGCAAAUGAUUGCCAAGAUGUCGCUGGUGGAUGUGAAUGUCCCGUCGGAGGAUAUCAAAAUGGCAAUUGUGGAUACUUGUCAGUAUUUCCAUACGACAGCUGCUCGUGUCACUCGCUCCUUCUGCCAGAUGUCCAGCCGUCACAUCUAUCAGACUAAUGCAUCUUUCAUUGAGCUAAUCCGUUCCUUUCAAACACUCAUUGCUCGCAAGCAGACUGAGACUAUGUUCGCCAAAAUGCGUUAUAUAGGUGGUCUGGACACAUUGGCCAAUGCAGCUGCUGCCAUUUCCAUUAUGCAAAAGGAUCUAAAUGCCCUGCAACCGAAACUGGUUGCCCUAGCAGAAGCAUCACGCAAAAUGAUGCUGGAGAUCAAUACGGAAACCCUGGCUGCCAGUGCCGCUGCCGAACAGGUCAAACGUGACGAGGAAGUGGCCUCAGUGCAAGCAGAAGCUGCCCAAGUUCUGAAAAACGAAUGCGAAAAGGAUCUGGCCAAGGCCAUACCCGUGCUGGAAGACGCCCUGGCUGCUCUGAAUACCCUCAAACCGGCUGAUAUUACACUUGUGAAGUCAAUGAAAAAUCCUCCGCCGGUGAUUAAACUCGUCAUGGCCGCUGUUUGUGUUAUUAAAGGAAUACCACCGGAGCGAAUACCGGAUCCUUCCACGGGUAAAAUGGUUCAGGACUAUUGGGGUCCGAGCAAGCGACUCUUGGGCGAAAUGAAUUUUCUGCCAGCUCUCAAGGAGUUCGACAAGGAUAACAUUCCAGCAGAAAUUAUGAAGCGCAUACGCAAAGAGUUUAUACCCAACAAGGAUUUCGAUCCCAAGGUUGUGGCCAAAGCUUCUAGUGCCGCCAAGGGUCUCUGUCAAUGGAUCAUUGCCAUGGACAUGUACGAUGAGGUGGCCAAGGUGGUGGCACCCAAAAAAGCCAAAUUGGCGGCUGCCGAGAAAGAGUACUCCGACACAAUGAGUUUCCUUGCCGAGAAGCGAGCCCUGGCUGCUGCUCUGGAAGAGAAGGUGGCUCUUCUCAACAUCGAAUUGGAUAAGGCGAAUGCCGAAAUGCGAAAGACCGAGGAGCAUGCGGAAAAUUGCCGCAAUAAACUGUUACGGGCGGAAGCUCUCAUUGGUGGUCUCGGAGGUGAGAAGUCACGUUGGAAUAAAGCGGCCGAAGAUCUUCAGGAUCUCUAUGAUCAUUUGCCUGGCGAUGUGCUCAUCUCGUGCGGUAUUAUAGCCUAUCUAUCUGCAGUCAAUCUACAAUAUCGAGCUGAAUGCGUUCAUGAUUGGUUCAACAAGGUCACUGCUCUUGCCAUACCGUGCUCAAAAACCUACUCAAUAACAGCGGUCCUUGGCCAGGAUGUGACCAUACAGAAUUGGCAAUUAGACGGACUACCCAACGAUGAGUUCUCAAGCGAGAAUGCCAUCAUUUCAGCCAAUUCUAGUCGCUACAGUUUGUUCAUCGAUCCCCAAGGACAGGCGAAUAAUUGGCUUAAGAAUAUGGAACGAAAAAAUCGCUUACAAUGUGUGAAAUUCAGUCAGGGCAAUUAUAUGAAAGUCAUUGCCGAGGCCAUGGAAUACGGCACUCCGGUUAUUAUUGAGAAUGUUCAGGAAGAGCUUGAAGUUCCACUGGAUCCCAUCCUAAUGCAUCAGACCUUCAUUCAGGGCGGCGUAAAGCAUAUAAGUCUUGGAGAAGCCGUUGUUCCCGUUUCGCCCAGUUUUCGCCUCUAUAUGACCUGCAAUUUGCGUAAUCCGCACUUUCUGCCCGAGACCUUCAACAAGGUGACUGUCAUUAAUUUCGCUCUAACCCAAACGGCUCUCAUGGAUCAAUUGCUGAGCAUUGUUGUGGCUAAGGAACGACCCGAUCUACAGGAAUUACGCAUUACCCUAACCACAGAGGCAGCAGCCAAUAAGGGAGCUCUGCUCGAUGCCGAAAACAUGAUUCUCAAGACCCUAACCUCCAGUGAGGGUGACAUUCUCGAGAAUGAAGCUGCCAUUCAGAUUCUAGCCGAAUCGAAAACUCUGUCCAAGGAUAUAUUGGAGAAGCAGGAAGCUGCCAAAGAUACUUCGGCCAAAAUAGAUGCUUUCCGUUUGAACUAUAAGCCAGUGGCCGUGCACUCGUCCAUAUUAUAUUAUUCGAUUACCGAUCUACCCAAUAUAGAUCCCAUGUAUCAGUUCUCUCUGAAUUGGUAUAUUAAUCUAUAUAUGUAUUCCAUUGAGACGGCCAACAAAUCAAAAGAUUUACCCAGACGCAUUAAAUUUCUGGUGGAUGGUUUCACUAAAAAUCUAUAUAAUAAUGUCUGCCGAUCGAUAUUCGAAAAGGAUAAAUUGCUUUUCUCCUUCAUACUAACGGCACGCAUUCUCCUGGGCACUGGCCAAGUGCAAAUGCGUCAUUUGGCCCAUUUGGUGACUAAUGCGAAAGAGUCAACCAAAAUACCCUCGAAUCCCGAUCCCAGUUGGAUCACAGAGACCGUUUGGUUAAAUAUAUUGCGUCUGGAAGAGCUCAAAGAGCUGAUCGGCAUUGUGGAUUCGUUCCGUAAGAACUUAAGCGCAUGGCAAGCAAUCUACGAUCACGCCUCUCCCGAAUUGCAACCACUGCCGGCGCCCUGGCAGGAUAAAACGACGGCAUUCGAAAAGAUCAUUGUACUGAAAGCUCUAAGACCCGAUUCUGUAUUCCUGGGCGUACGGAAUUUCAUUGCGAAAACCAUUGGAGAUGCCUAUGUCUCACCGCCAGAGUUUGAUAUUUCGAAAUCUUAUGCUGAUUCCACGGCUCUAACACCAUUGGUCUUUAUCCUGUCGCCGGGUGCCGAUCCCUUGGGCUCUCUACUAGCAUUUGCCGAAAAAAUGGGUCAGGAGGAGACAUUCCAAAGCAUAUCAUUGGGUCAGGGACAGGGUCCAAUUGCCACGGCACUCAUCAAGAAUGCCCAAGAAAUGGGUUAUUGGGUUUGUUUACAAAAUUGCCAUUUGGCUGCAUCAUGGAUGCCAACAUUGGAGUAUCUCUGGGAGAAUAUGGACACAUUCAAUACGACACCCAAUUUCCGCAUUUGGUUGACAGCAUAUCCAACGCCACAGUUUCCAGUGACCAUUCUUCAGAAUAGUGUAAAAAUGACCAAUGAACCACCCACUGGACUUAAAGAGAAUCUAAUGCGUUCCUACAACUCGGAACCGAUUAAUGAAUACGAGUUUUAUGCCGGUUGUCCCAAACAGGAUCGUGCCUUUACUCGUCUCCUCUAUGGCAUUUGUUUCUUCCAUGCAGUUGUUCAGGAGCGACGCAAAUACGGACCACUGGGUUGGAAUAUUGCCUACGGGUUCAAUGAGUCGGAUUUGCAGAUUUCUGUGCUGCAAUUGAGUAUGCUACUCAAUCAAUACGAUCAUGUGCCCUAUGAUGCCAUCUCCUAUCUAACGAGUGAGUGUAACUAUGGUGGUCGUGUGACAGACAAUUGGGAUCGUCGUGCCAUUGUUACAAUAUUGGCCGACUUUUGCAAUCCCCAGGUGGUGGCCGAUAAUCGGUAUCGCUUUGCCACCGACGACCGUUAUAUACUGCCACGCAAGACAGAGCAUCGUGAGAUUCUGCGGUAUUUGGAGGAGCAUAUACCCUCACUAGCACCGCCUGAAGUGUAUGGAUUGCAUGCGAAUUCUGGAAUUACCCGAGAUCUCCAGACGACCAAAACUCUGCUGGACUCUAUGAUCCUACUGCUGGGCACCGAGGCGGCUGGCACUGCUGGGGCUGGUGUAAGCGCCGAACAGAUUAUACUGGAUACAAUUAAACAGAUUGAGAAGGAUAUGCCACCAGAUAUGGAUAUUGAGGGGGCGGCAGAGAAAUAUCCCGUGGAUUAUAAUGAAUCUAUGAACACUGUGGUUGUCCAGGAAAUGGAACGUUUCCUUAAACUUCAAAAGGAAAUACGUGGCUCUUGCCGAGAUCUGGCGAUGGGCAUUAAGGGCAUCAUUGUUAUGACACCUGAUCUGGAGAAUGUGAUGACGGCCAUGAAAUUUAAUCGUAUACCCAGCAAAUGGAUGUCAAAAUCAUAUCCCUGCCUCAAGCCGUUGGGUUCCUAUGUCCAGGAUCUGUACAAACGACUUAAUUGGCUACAUCAGUGGCAUCGUCAAGGCAAACCGCCGACUUUCUGGCUAUCCGGUUUCUUUUUCACGCAAGCCUUCCUCACGGGUGCCAUGCAGAACUAUGCCCGCAAAUAUAAGAUACCGAUCGACACGUUAACCUUUGAUUAUGAUGUCCUCAAUGUGGAUACCAAACCUUUGCCCCCAGAAGAUGGUGUCUAUUGCAAUGGUUUAUACCUGGAGGGUGCACGAUGGGAUUGGAAGGCAGGUCUGCUUGUUGAGCAGCUACCCAAGAUACUUAUCUAUGCAAUGCCCGUUAUCUAUUUUCGUCCGGUGCUAAUAAUGGAGCUGACUGAAGGAUCGCGCUAUCGUUGUCCCCUUUACAAGACAGGCGAACGCAAGGGUACUCUGUCCACGACAGGACAUUCAACAAAUUAUGUGGUGCCGCUGCUGCUCAACACACAUGCGAAGGCCUCACACUGGGUGAAACGCAGCGUCGCCCUAAUUUGCCAGACCAAUGACUGAUAAAUUCUUUUUUUUUUUUACCUAUACCGAAUAAAUAAACGUGAUCCCGAAUUGUAAA